AUGGCUCUCUGCAACCACUUUGCUUACGCUAUGGUUCUACUGUCCCCUCUACACAAGUUCCGACUCACAGUGUGGGUGGGGUCGGUUACAGAGAUCCGCUCUGACGACCUGGAUGCCCAGGAUGAGGACACGCCCCCUGAGGAGCUGCAGGUGAUAGUGACUCCGCCCUCUAAUGGCCACCUGGCGCUGAAGAGCGCCCUCGCCAGGCCGCUCCUGAACUUCACCCUGCAACACAUCCAUCUGGGACAGCUGCUGUUCGUCCACAGUGGUGCCAUGUCUGGAGGGUUCAACUUCCAGGUGAACGACGGAGUGAACUUUGCCCCCCGACAGAUCUUCAGCAUCACAGCCAGCGCCCUGGUCCUCAGCCUGGAGAUUAACAGACCUCUCAAAGUGUUCCCAGGUAACUAA